CUACAACUCACUUUACUAAAGUUGCACUUGUGCUGUUCACAAUUCCUCCCGAUCCACCCGACAACGCCCGAUCCCGUCCGACCGUGUAGUGUACAGUCUCUGCCGCCCUUGUCAGGUAUCGUACCGGUGCCGCUCGGCGCCUCCGGCGGUGACCGGUCGGCGGGCCGGGGCCAGCCGGCCGGGCGGGGAGGACGGGGUAGUCGCUCCCCGGACGUGUUACAGAGCGGACCGUCAAUACAGCUCCGAACGCAGUGCCGUCUUCGCUGUGUGUGUGAGUGACGCGACGACGCAACAUUGGCGACAAGGAUGAGAUCUGCUGCCCCGGUGCGUGUCAGCGAGGUAUAGUCGUCGGCCCACACGGUACGUGGUCAUGGAGCGGGAGCUGGCGCCGCUCGCGCCGUUCAGCUGCGCGGAGCCAAGUAAGUGGGACAGUUGGAAGCGCUCUUUUGAAUAUUACAUUCAGGCAUCGGGCAUCACCUCAGAGUCUCGGAAAAUAGCGCUUUUGUUACAUGUCGGAGGAGUAGAUCUCCAAGAAGUGUUCCAUUCUGUUGUUGACGCGAGUGUCAAGGUUGAGACUCUGCAGCAGCUUUAUGAAGUUUUUGAUCAACAGUUUUUGCCGAAGCGAAACUUAAUUUACGAGAGACAUGUGUUCCGUAAGGAAGCUCAAAGGCCAGGGGAGACGAUCGAUGUUUUUGCAACCAGGCUGCGGGGCCUUGUACGGACUUGCGAGUAUGGAUCCCUUCAGGAUGAAAUGGUCAGAGAUCAGAUUGUUGACAAGUGCCUGAGCCAUCGCUUACGAUGCCAUCUGCUCAGGGAACAAUGCCUGACGCUGCAGUCGGCGCUGACGAUUGCGAGGUCUAUGGAAGAUGCCGACAGACAAGCUGAGCUGAUGGAGGACCGCGCAGCAGAGGAGCUCGCUGCACGCGCUGUGCACACGCGCCGCCCUGAUCGGAGGAUGCCUGGAGGAGCUUCGGAUCAGACAGACGGUAGGACGAAAUGUUUUCGCUGUGGCAAGGGUACUCACGACCCCGAGGACUGUUUCGCUAAAAACAAAAAGUGUCAUAGCUGUGGUCGAGGUGGUCAUUACCAGAGAAUGUGUCGUGGGGGUGGCCAGUCUCGACCGGGCCGGAGACAAGUUCGUCUGGUGACGACGGAGCACGAAGAUCACGUCUUCCGGCUCGCCGAUGACGGCCGCGACGAGACGUACCCUGUCCAAAGGACUUGGCAAGCUGAAGGACUUCCAGCUGACGGUGCCGAUCGAUCCAGGCGUCACCCCGGUGGCGCAGAAGGUCAGGAGAAUUCCGUUCUCUCUGCAAGGUCCCGUGGAGCAGAAGCUGAAGGAGCUGCUGGACCAGGAUAUUAUUGAACAGCCGACUGACACAGACACCGGCUCCUGCUGGCGGCAACGGCGGCGACCACUACGCACGUUUUGUGACCAGUCACGCCGUCCCGUCCGCGCUACAGAAGAGUGACAUUCAAAAGGAGACGGCCCGAGACGACCAGUUACAGCUGGUGAUGCGAAGUCUGCCAACCGGUAAGAAGCAGGACUGCCCAAGGCCGUACCGAAUGUUGUGGCAGGAGCUAUCUGUAUGCGACAACAUGUUGUUACGGGGAAAUCGCCUCGUUAUUCCAGAUCGACUUCGCGGGAAGGUCCUAAACCUGGCACAUGAGGGGCACCAGGGUGUCGUCCGUACAAAGCAGAGGCUCAGAAGCUGCGUAUGGUGGCCAGGAGUGGACGUAGACGUUGAGAGACUGGUAAGGUCGUGCCAUGCGUGCCAGGUCGUGUCUGCAGGGAACCCGCCUGAGCCUAUAUGCACCACAGAACUUCCAUCAGGGCCCUGGGAAGACUUAAACCUUGAUCUGUGUGGACCGUUUCCUGGUGGUGAGAGCCUUCUUGUGGUAAUCGACAAGUACUCGAAGUGGGUGGAAGUCGAAACAGUGUUUCAAACCACAACCCAGGAAAUCAUUAUUCGUCUCGAUAAGAUGUUUGCUAGCCAUGGUUUUCCGCUGACGUUAACAACCGAUAACGCUCGCAACCUCACCUCGGCCGAGUUUGAUGACUUCUGUAAGGUGCGUGGGAUCCGACAUCUGACGGUGACACCUCUCUGGCCACAGGCUAAUGGUUCUGUCGAGCGUCAGAACCGGACGCUGCUGAAGGCCAUCCGGACCGCCGUGGCGGAGGGGCGGAGCUGGCCGUCCAGCCUGCCGACGUUCCUGCUGGCGUACCGCACCACGCCUCACCCCGCCACGGGGGUCAGUCCCGCCGAGCUGCUUUGCGGUCGGCGGCUGCGCACCAAGAUGCCGGCCGCCUCUGGUCCCGCACCGGCACCCGACCGGCCGGUCGUACAGCAGAGGAACGCGCGCUACCGUGAGGCGGGGAAACGCUACGCUGAUCGACAACGACACACAAUGCCAGCCAACAUCAGUGUCGGUGACAGAGUGCUGGUGAAAAUUCCGAACAGACUCACUAAACUGUCAGGAGCUUUCUUCUCAGAGCCGUAUAGAGUCGUGUCGGUGAGCGGCUCUCAGGUGACGGUGAGAAGGCCUGAUGGAAAGUUGUUUAAGCGAAACAGCAGUUAUGUUAAACAGUAUGUUGAACCGCGUGAUUUCGUUGAGCCGUUCUCUCUUCCACGCCGCGAGGGUCCGGCGUGCGCCGCUACGCCGAGCGCCCGGGCAGACCGACCUCCUGACGAGGCGGCUGACCAAUGUGUAGGACUCCGCACGCGCAGUGGUCGACUCAGUGUGAAACCCCAGUGGUUCGGGAACGUUGUAAGCCACUGAACGAGGAGCAUGAACUAUUCGUUUAAUUGUCAUUUCCUUUGUGAUGUACUUAAAGAUAAGUUGGGGAGGGAUGUAGUGUACAGUCUCUGCCGCCCUUGUCAGGUAUCGUACCGGUGCCGCUCGGCGCCUCCGGCGGUGACCGGUCGGCGGGCCGGGGCCAGCCGGCCGGGCGGGGAGGACGGGGUAGUCGCUCCCCGGACGUGUUACAGAGCGGACCGUCAAUACAGCUCCGAACGCAG